AUGAGAUCCACAUAAAAACAUGCGACUACGCAUUCAGAUAAUCCAUUCAAAUUAUCAGUUGGAUAGAUUAUUGCUUAGAAAUUCAAAUUAAUAGAUAAGGUUGGAUAAGGGAGUUUUGGUAUGAUAUAUAAGACGGAGAAUUUGGAGACCGGAGAUAUAUUUGCAACUAAAUUCGAGAAGAGAGAUGAGAAUUCCAAUGGAGUGAGUUUGUUAGUGAAAGAAAUAAAGGUUUUGAUAGAGGUCUAAGAAUUUGAAGGUAAUAUUCUAAUCGAUAAAGGUUUUCCUUAGAUCGUCUUUUAUGGGAGGGAUGAACAUUACAAUUACUUUAUGCAAACCUACUUAGGAUAGAAUUUGGAACAUCUUUUCAGGAAGAGUAAUUAUAAAUUUAGCAUGACGACCGUGUGUAGAAUAGGAAUGAGUUUGAUUGAUAGAUUGAAAUUAUUGCAUUCAAAGAACUUGAUUCACAGAGAUUUAAAGCCAGAUAAUGUGUGUAUAGGUUAUGAGGAUGUAGACAAAAUCUAUUUAAUUGAUUUUGGAUUGGCUAAGUAUUAUAGAGAGUAAAAUGGGAAUCAUAUACCAUAGGUAGAUAAAAAGGGAAUAAUAGGAACAGCCAGAUAUGCUAGUUUAACAGCUCAUUUAUCUAAGGAAUAAUCGCGUAAGGAUGAUAUCGAGAGUUUGGGAUACGUAUUAGUCUAUUUAGCCAAAGGGAAAUUACCAUGGAUGAAUUUGAAUACAACCACAAAGUCUGAGAAGUAUUAGAAGAUUAAGGAGUUUAAAUAACAAUUGACUUUGGAAAAGCUUUGCGAAGGAUUGCCGAAAUGUUUCUUGAAUUUAUUCAUCUAUGCCCGCGGACUUGACUUUUAGGGUGAACCUGAUUAUGAAUUCCUGAAAGAACUGUUCUAGAAAUAAUUGCAAUAGGAAACCUAUUCAUAAUAAGGCUAGACUACAUUGGAAUACGAAUGGGAGAGAUUUCCAGAGAUCAAGAAACGUAAAUCUAGAUUGUGGACGAAUUAACAAAAAUAAAAAAUAGAAAAACCCGUUCAAUUAGGGGUAGACUCUGAUCCUCGAAAGAGUAGUGAGGAUAAAGGUCAAGAACACAAAGGUAGUUCAUUCUUGAAUUUACCAUUGAAGGACUAACCCCUUGAUUCUUUGUCACCUGAUAUCAAAAAUAAAUAAAGCAGAAAUAUCAGUUAGAAUAUUUCGAGUUUCGGAACUAGUCAGAUUAAUAAUUAUUAGAUAAGCUAGAUUGAUAAAUUCAAGAGAUUCCCGACUGAAAGGAAGGACUAAAGAAAUAAUACAGUAGAUCCUUAGAAAAAGGAGAGAGAAACAAGUCCAAAUUAGAAGAUCUUUAUUAAAUAAGCAACAACUAAAACAGAGAGAAAAAUGGCAUUUUUUGAAAUUGAUAAUGAUUAUAGAGAUUUUGAUCAUAUUGAUUAGAUUGCCUGUGAAGAAGUUAAAAUUGUGUUUUCCAACUUUAUUCCCAAUCUGGGACGCCGUAAAUCUGCAUUAGAUCUCUGA